AUAAGUUUAUAAAAACAUGAGCCAACUUUCUACACAUCCCCUCUUGUUCUCUUCCAUUUGACGCAUGAAACAGAAAUAAAAAAGAAGAAGAAGAUAUACAAUAAAACAUUAUUAACAGAAAAAGACUCUAGAGAGAUUUGCUCCUUACCAUUUACAAGAUGUCGAGAAAGGAAAACGCUAAGGCAGAACCGCUAGAGAAGUCCAACUUUACCCGGCGAUGUAGUUUGCUCAGCCGUUACUUGAAGGAGAAUGGUAGUUUCGGAAAUAUAAAUCUUGGUUUGGUCCGAAAGCCCAAUUCAGAUCGCGUGUUGCCCGGAAACUCCGAUCCACCAGGGAAACAACAACAUAAGGCAGAUUCGGAUACCAAAACCCUCGAUGUCUUUCAGAGGGUUUCAAAAGGCAAAACCAACGACGAUUCCAACCUCAGUAAAUCGUCAGAGCCAGGAAGCUCCCAGCUGACCAUAUUCUUCGGAGGUCAAGUUUUAGUAUACAACGAGUUCCCUACAGACAAAGCUAAAGAGAUAAUGGAAGUGGCUAAACAAGCCAAGCCUGUGACUGAUAUUAACAUUAAGACACAAACCAAUGUCGAAAACAACGAUAACAAAAGCAACAUGGUUCUUCCUGAUCUUAACGAGCCCACAAAUUCUGUGGAUAUCAUCAUCAAUCAACAAAGUCAGGUCGUGGAACGUAUAGCACGUAGAGCUUCGCUUCAUCGAUUCUUUGCUAAACGGAAAGACAGAGCAGUGGCUAGAGCUCCAUACCAAGUUAACCAAAAUGCGGGUCAUCAUCAUUAUACUCCCAAGCCAGAGACUGCCCAAGGUCAACCACUUGAAUCAGGGCAGUCGUCAAAACGACCGGAGAAUGCUGUUGCUCAAAGCCUCAAACCAUGUCCCACCCAAAACGAGAAGGCGAUAAUUAAUUGUAUGUCUAUAGAGAUUGAAGAAGGCAAGUGUUCGAAAGAUCUCCAACUUAAGCUAUAGUAAUGUCUGUUCAAUAUUUGUUAGGAACUGCUUUUAUAGAUUCAACGUUUCCAUCCUCUUGACUAAUCGAAGUUUUUUUUUUAAUCUACUAAAGUAUGUAAUCUACUUAGCAAGCCCUUAAUAAGAAAAAAGGGUAUGUAAUCUACUUAAGUAUGUAAUCAUAAUCUAACUUGAAUGUUCA